AUGGCCUCUAAAGAUGCACAGAACCAAAGAAGUAGAGGUUUGCCUGGCUUUCUUCCUGGAGCUCCAGACCCUGACCACAGCUUUCACGUCUCACUUGCCAACCCAGGGAACCAAGUGUGGCAGCCAACUCUCCCGCCGCCAGGCAGUCUCCCUCCUGGUCUAGAAUAUUUAAGCCAGUUAGACCUGAUAAUUAUACACCAGCAGGUGGAGCUUCUUGGAAUGAUCCUUGGCACUGAGACCUCCAACAAAUAUGAGAUUAAAAACAGCUUGGGGCAAAGAGUUUACUUUGCAGUGGAAGAAAGCAUCUGCUUCAAUCGUACCUUCUGUUCCACGCUGCGAUCUUGCACUCUGAAGAUCACAGAUAACUCAGGUCGGGAGGUGAUUACAGUCAACAGGCCUCUGAGGUGUAACAGCUGCUGGUUCCCUUGCUACCUUCAAGAGUUAGAAAUCCAAGCCCCUCCUGGUACUAUAGUUGGUUAUGUUGCACAGAAGUGGGACCCCUUUCUGCCUAAAUUCACAAUCCAAAAUGCAAACAAAGAAGAUAUUUUGAAAGUUGAUGGUCCUUGUGCAACAUGUGGCUGUUUUGGUGAUGUGGAUUUUGAGGUGAAGACCAUUAAUGAAAAGCUUACAAUUGGGAAGAUUUCGAAGUACUGGUCAGGAUUUGUAAAUGAUGUCUUUACCAAUGCUGACAACUUCGGAAUUCAUGUUCCCGCAGAUCUAGAUGUGACGGUCAAAGCAGCGAUGAUCGGUGCUUGUUUUCUCUUUGAUUUUAUGUUCUUUGAACAUUCACUGGCUGGAUUAUGA